AUGCGGCGGCUCAUUUCGCGAAGCGUCUCUGCCAGCGCCACCCGGUCCCCAGUGACCUCGGCCGUCCCCCGAUCUACCAUCGCCGCCUCCAAGAUGUCUUCCAACGGCUCGUCUUCGUCGGUCGUGGCCGCGAGGAGGAUACAUGCCACUGCUCAGCAGCUCAAGCCUGCUGCUGCUCUGGCCUCGACGGCAACCAGCUUCCCCAACACCCACGAGAAGAUCCAGGCCGUUGAGGACACGCCUUACUUCAUCGACAACAAGUUUGUCAACUCGACGACUGACAAGUUUAUUGACUUGCCGGACCCGGCUACGAAUAACCUCGUCACCCGCGUUCCUCAGAUGACCGACCAGGAGAUGAAGGCUGCUGUGGCUAGCGCCGAGAAGGCUUUCAAGUCGUGGAAGAACACCACUGUUUUGGCUCGCCAGCAAAUCAUGUUUCGAUUCGUGCAGUUGAUCCGCGAGAACUGGGACAGACUGGCUGCCAGCAUUACUCUGGAGCAGGGCAAGACUUUUGCCGACGCAAAGGGUGAUGUUCUGCGUGGUCUGCAGGUUGCUGAGGCGGCUAUUGCUGCGCCGGAGCUGCUCAAGGGUGAGGUGCUUGAGGUGGCCAAGGAUAUGGAGACUCGAACUUAUCGUGAGCCAUUGGGCGUUGUGGCUGCCAUUUGCCCCUUCAACUUUCCUGCCAUGAUUCCCCUUUGGUGCAUCCCUAUUGCUACCAUUACUGGAAACACUCUUAUCCUGAAGCCCUCUGAGCGUGACCCCGGUGCGGCCAUGAUCCUCGCUGAGCUCGUCCAGAAGGCUGGUUUCCCCGAGGGUGUCGUCAAUGUCAUUCACGGCGCCCACAAGACCGUCGACUUCAUCCUUGAUGAGCCUGCCAUCAAGGCCAUCAGCUUUGUCGGUGGCAACAAGGCCGGCGAGUACAUCUUCAGCCGGGGCUCUGCCAACGGCAAGCGUGUCCAGGCCAACCUGGGCGCCAAGAACCACGCCGCCGUCUUGCCCGACUGCAACAAGAACCACUUCAUCAACAGCGUCGUCGGCGCUGCCUUUGGUGCCGCUGGUCAGCGCUGCAUGGCCCUGAGCACUCUCGUCAUGGUCGGCGAGACCAAGGAGUGGCUGACUGAAGUUGCUGAGAGCGCCAAGAAGCUCAAGGUCGACGGAGGCUUUGAGGAGGGUGCCGACCUUGGCCCUGUCAUUUCUCCCCACAGCAAGGAGCGCAUCCUGAGCCUCAUUGACAGUGCUGAGAAGGAGGGUGCCACGAUUCUGCUCGACGGACGCAACUACAAGAACUCCAAGUACCCGAAUGGCAACUUUGUUGGGCCUACCAUCAUCGCCAACGUCACUCCCGACAUGACUUGCUACAAGGAGGAGAUUUUCGGCCCCGUCCUGGUCUGUCUGAAUGUGGAUACCAUUGACGAUGCUAUUGACUUGAUCAACAAGAACGAGUACGGCAAUGGUGUCGCCAUCUUCACUCGAUCUGGUCCUACGGCAGAGACUUUCCGCCGAAACAUUGAGUCCGGUCAGGUUGGUAUCAAUGUGCCCAUCCCUGUGCCUCUGCCCAUGUUCUCCUUCACUGGUAACAAGAAGAGCAUUGCUGGCGGCGGUGCCAAUACGUUCUACGGAAAGCCGGGCAUCAACUUUUACACGCAGCUGAAGACUGUUACGGCGUUGUGGCAGAGCCAGGAUGCAGUUGCUAAGAAGGCGGCUGUUCAUAUGCCUACUUUGCAAUAG